GUAAUUGUUUGAUCAUUGACCACUACUACAAUCUAGGUCGUGCAAGGCGUCGAACUCGUCAUCGGCCAGCAUGGAUGCCAUUCUAUCUAAGCUUAAAUCCAAAGCAGAGAUUGCUCCAGAUAAUGCUUUACUUCGAGACACCAUCUCAUUGCUGACAGAUUUAUACCGCAACGAAGCAGUUGCUCAGCGCAUCACUUGGGAUAGUCUCAUCCGGGAUUUUCAACGGCUACAGGAUGAAGGUCUAUGGGACAUAUCCGAAGAUAAUACAAAGCUCUUGCAUACGCUGCGCAGUUUCGUGACUACUCAACCGUCCAACGAACUAGACCGUAGACCCGCCAGUAGUAUACCCGGGCAUUCUCCAGCGGGCAGAGCAUCGCAGGGAUCUUUUUCAAUCGUUUAUCCGGAUUCUAAAUCCGCACCGUCACCCCUCAUCCCGACAUCUGUUUCAGUUAUGCUUCCCCUAGAGCUGGUAGAAAUUCUUAACCGCACAUACUUUCACCACCUGCUUGCCACAGAUCCAAAGCGUGUUGUUCCUCCCGGAAAAUCCCUCGUUUCAAUGCUGUCUGGCUUACCCAAGGAAGGAAAAGACACUGCAAAACCUACUUUGCGUGACAAGGUUGAGGAUCUCGUACAUCAAGCUUUUUGGGACGAGGCCAUAGAAUCACUUUCGAACCCAGAGCCUUCUCGUCAGCUACCGCGCAUUAAAUCAUUGUACCAAGACCUCCUCGUUGCACUGACACCUCUUCUUCCACCUCAGAAUCCUGUCAUCACCACACUUUCCUCACCGUUACCUCCGACGUCUUCCCCAUUAGAUUCAACUAUCAUGCAUUUGCGUGAGAUUGUAGCGUCUCUGCGCAAGCGUUGCGCACCAGUCCUGGACCAAGAGCUCGAUGACCUUCUUCGUUCACUGGAUGAACCUCCCCCGCGGUCGUCACGUCCUAUCUCACUAGCCACGCUGGUGGUUGACACGGUGAAAUCCAUAUUCAGGAUCUCGGACAUUAUGAAAGAUCACCUCUCCCAGUUCGUGCUGGGAAGUAUGACUGAGGAGCAGCUGCACUCUACAGUAUCUAAACAGGCAAAGACCAAAGAACGCAAAGACAUUUUGGACAUUUGGAAUUGCGACCGGAUAGAGCGUAGCUGGUCGAUAUGGCUUGAGAGCUAUCAACCGUCUUUUCAGGUUAGCGGCAUUGCCGCCGAGUUGCAAUACAAGUGGAUUGUACGACUUGUACAGGCUCUGGGAUCAUCGACCCCUAUAUCCUGUCCAUUGCCGACCAAAACGCCACAGUCCAUCGACAACUCCCUUCCACCAAUUUUUUUCUUCUCAACUCCCGCGCUACUGGAAAUCCAGAAUUAUCUACAAGCACUCGUGAUUACUGCUUCUCUGCGCACCUUAAUCCGUGUGCCUCAAGGUGCGCAAGCGAGCGACACAAUGAGCUUCAUGGAGCGGUUAUGGAUCCUGCUUAAAGCAGAAAUCAUAGAGGAGCCAGGUUCAGGCGACACAAAGCUUGUGCAUCUCGCGGAUGAGGUUGUUCGUGCCCGCCAGCUGGAUGGCACGGUGCUCUCCGGAGAGGAAGAGACCAGGCUUCGCGCGGCAGCUGCCCGCACACUCAACCAUGACGACCCUGUGUUUGUGCUACUACAGAAACGGGUACUGAAAGCGUUGGUUGACGCACUUGGACGUCAACGGUCGGAAUCUAGACAAGCUGGAGCACAUACGGGACCACCCAGAAUGCAGACAGGGCAUCAUGGCAAGCGUCCUGAGAAACGACCCCGGAUGACGAUAGUAUUAGAUCCAGAGGAUUUUGAUGUGGAUCUCAAUGCGGAAAUGCCUCAACUGGUAAUUGACAGGGUGCAGGGUUUCGAAGAUGAGUAUUUGAGAAAGGUCGUCAAGGAAGUGUUUGUGAAAGUAGCUGAAUGCGUCAGUUGGAUGGAAGGUGUUUGGCAGGAUGUGCUUCGGGCAGGGGCCGUUGAUCGUGAGCUUGUUAUCUAGCGUUGUAGAAUAUAACGACCUGGCGGGAAAUACACAAACUCAGGGGCACCCUGCACUGCUUGGCUUACUGAUUUAAAUCAGGACCUUGUUGGAAGUUCCACUCUUCGGCUUCAAGCUUCGACGAGGUUUCGUCGUACGUGCACGGUGCACUGCAGAAAAAUCUGUGACGAUGACAGAUAGGUUCGCUUUUGGAAAUAUUCGGAUCUGUGGUAAGCUCGUGCAAGGUCACUCAAGUCCGUUGCGACUAUUGACGACAAGCUAGACGAAUCCGUGACAUAGGUUCCUAUAGGUUCUUGCCUGACUCGUUAACUCUGAGAUAGAUUAUCCGAGUCGAUGCAUCAGCCGCUGGGAGGACGAAAUGGACCACAAGUAUCAAACAUCAU